AUGGAGACAGCGCUGAAGUCUCGCUGUGAUGAACAGCACCCUCCUCAGGCUGAAGACUUCCAUGGGAAGCAGGAGCAGAACAGCAAGCUUUCAGUGGGAAUAAAAAGAGAUAUUGAAAAGCUUUAUGAAGCAGUGCCACAGCUUGUAAACCUGUUCAAAAUUAAGGACAAAAUUGGAGAAGGUACUUUUAGUUCUGUUUACUUGGCCACAGCACGACUACAAACAGGCAAUGAGGAAAAAAUGGCUCUGAAGCACUUGAUUCCAACCAGCCACCCUCUGCGAAUUGCUGCCGAGCUUCAGUGCCUCACAGUAGCAGGGGGACAAGAUAACGUUAUGGGAGUUAAAUACUGCUUUAGGAAAAAUGAUCAUGUGGUUAUUGUCAUGCCGUAUCUGGAACAUGAAUCCUUUCUGGACAUUCUGAAUUCGCUUUCCUUUGAAGAAGUGAAGGAAUACAUGUUCAAUCUGUUCAAAGCGUUGAGGCGUAUUCAUCACUUCGGUAUCGUUCACCGCGAUGUCAAGCCCAGUAACUUCCUCUACAACAGGCGGCUAAAAGAGUAUGCCUUGGUAGAUUUUGGCUUGGCACAAGGAACCCCUGAUACAAAAAUUGAACUUCUCAAAACUGCUCACUCUGAAGACCAGCAGGGAAGUUGCUCACAAAAUAAUCCCACCAUACCCUUGGGAAAUGGGGUGUCUGUCAGUGUCGCAGCACCUAAACAGAUAGCUCAAGAGUCAGCCUCAAAAGCAGCUGAUGAAAGGUCCAGCUCCCUUCCAAAAAUGCAGAUAAAGCAAGAAAGAGCAGGAAAGGAGGAUUCUGUGCACCGCUCUGCCCAGCGCUCUGUCUUUGGAGAGAGGAAUUUCAACGUCUAUAGUUCCACAUACCAGAAUUCGAGUACAAAACUCGUCAAACAAUCAAAGGUGAUAGAUGUUUCAUCUAGGAAAUUAGUAACAAAGAAGAAGAUUAUUUCUACCAAAGCAGUGAGCAAUGGGGCAGCCAGGAAAGCUGCCAGCGGUUGUCCCUCAAACCUGACCUGUGACUGUUACGCGACGGACAGAGUUUGCAGUGUUUGCCUUUCAAGGUGUCAGCAAGUUGCUCCCAGGGCAGGAACACCGGGAUUCAGAGCACCUGAAGUAUUAACCAAGUGCCCCACUCAGACCACAGCAAUCGACAUGUGGUCUGCAGGAAUCGUGUUCCUUUCUCUGCUCAGUGGACGGUAUCCAUUUUACAAAGCAAGUGAUGAUUUAACUGCUCUGGCGCAGAUCAUGACAGUUCGUGGGUCCAGAGAAACCAUUCAGGCUGCUAAAACUUUCG